AGCUGGCCGCUAGGCUGAAUUUGUCCAUCAGAGCCCAUCUUGGUGCACAGUAAUACACUGCCACUGUUCCCUAGAUCAACUGUCAGUCAUUACCAAGGUCACACUCCCCAUGAAGACCCUAUACCAGUUGCUGUACCCCAAGGCUCUUGUCAAGAUGAUGAUCAUUUUGAAAUCUCCUCUGCAGAGCUCUGACUUACUUUAGUUAUUAGAUCUCCAAGUAUUUGAUUAGCCCAAGGAGCCUUGAUUAGUCUGGAGCCACCAAGCAGGUCCUCCGAGAUACUGUGGGAACUCGAAACAGCCAGGACGUCACCGCACCUGAUAAUUUACUGAUAGCCGCUUGGCUACGUAAUCGUGUUAAGCACAGGACCAGUUAGAUGUGACCUCCGUUUCUCUAUGUAUCCAUGUGCAAAAAGGUUGAUGGUGGACACAAGAAGGAAGGAACAAGUGUGACAAUGCUGCCGAGUUGGAUGUUACCUCAUAUUGGACAAGACAUCUGGACUGUGUUCUGUGUAGAGUCGAGAGUUGAAAGAACUGGGAGACUUUUCUUGCUAAUUUUCCUGCUGUUGAUGGACUUGGUGAAGGGAAUGGAGUGGAUUGUACCGACAUAUCCAGUCACCACCCCAUAUGUCAACAGUAUGAAGUGCUGGACAUGUGUGGACGGUGCAGAAAACAACUAUCACUGUAACAGAUGGGCACCUGAUGUUUGGUGUCCACAAGGCACAAAAUAUUGCUACACAUUCCACAGAAUGAGAGGUAAUGAGAGUAGUCUGGUGGUUAAAAAGUGUGCCACAGAAGGACAGUGUACUGUGACGUCUGUAGGAUGCAGAGAUUUUGGAGCAACCAACACCAUUAGAGAGUGCAUAUCCUGUUGUGAAGGGAACGUUUGUAACCCAGAAGUGCCCAGAAAUGCAAGCGAUGCCAUAUUUGCCACCAUCACGCCAUUGAACUCAGCAAAAAGAAUACAGCCGUUUUUGUCGACUGUUUUAGCCUGCUUACUUGUCUUUUAUCACUACAGACUUUAUUCUUAGUUAAGACCUACUGGGAAGCAUAUUUUUUGUACAUACUGUUAAGUAAUAUACAUGUAUAUUGACAAAUAUUUAACAGUCAGUUGCUCAAAGAGGAUAAGUUGUGGAAAGUAUAACAUCCAACUGUAUUUCUGUAUAUUAUGACAUGCACAAUGUAUGUUACAGACGUGUGUUUUUUUCAAAGUUACUGUACAUAUACUUCUUUUAGGAUCCUCUAGCAGAUUUACCUGUUUAACAUGUCAAAUUAUACAGGUAUGUGGAACAUAGUCUAAUACCCCAGGGAAAACUGCUCAUAAAAGUAAAACCUUCA